ACAAUGACAUUCCUCGUGCUCCUCGUGGUCUGGCAGGUGUCUGCCUGUGUUGCCAUUCCCAUAAACGAAACAGAAUUUGCAGAAAGGUACUUGACAAAAUAUUACGACUUUAACGAGGACAGAAUUCAAAAGACAGACUGGAAAGCCAAUCGAAACCCCCUAGAAGAAAAAGUCCAGGAAAUGCAACAGUUCUUUGGGCUCAAAAUAACCGGGCGUCUGGACAACCAGACUCUGGUGACAAUGCACACUCCUCGAUGUGGAGUUCCUGAUGUGCAGAGUCUCAGGGCAGCAGCGGGGACAACAACAUGGACGAAGCGUCAUCUCACCUACAGGAUCUAUAACUACACCCCUGACAUGAAGCGGGAGGACGUGGACCACGCAUUUCAGAAAGCUUUUCAUGUCUGGAGCGACGUGACCCCGCUGAGAUUCAGGAAGGUUUAUACAGGCGAGGCGGACAUCAUGAUACUCUUUGCAUCUAGAGCUCAUGGAGACUACAGUCCUUUUGAUGGCCAAGGUGGUACAUUAGCUCACGCUUUUUACCCUGGACCUGGUAUUCAAGGAGAUGCACAUUUCGAUGAGGCAGAGACCUGGAGUAAAGGCUCUCAAGGCACAAACCUGUUCCUUGUUGCUGUUCAUGAGCUUGGCCAUUCCUUGGGACUGAAGCAUUCCAACAACCCAAAGUCAAUAAUGUACCCAAGCUAUAGUUAUCUUAACCCCAACAAAUUCCGCCUCUCUGCUGAUGACAUAAAUAGUAUUCAGUCUCUCUAUGGGUCCUCAGUGAAAGCCCCACACUUGGGAAACCCUGUUAGCCCAUCAUCAACUGUCUGUCAGCAAAGCUUGAACUUUGAUGCUGUCACAACAGUGGGGGAUAAAAUCCUUUUCUUUAAUGACAGGUUCUUGUGGUGGAAGCUGCCUGGAAAUCCAGACACCAAUAUCACUUCAGUUUCUUCCAUGUGGCCAACCAUCCCAGCUGGUAUUCAAGCUGCUUAUGAAAUCAAAGGCAGAAAUCAACUCUUUCUUUUUAAAGAUGACAAGUACUGGUUAAUAAACAACUUAGUGCCACAGCCAUACUAUCCCAGAAGCAUACACUCUCUGGGCUUCCCUGCGUUUGUGAAUAAGAUUGAUGCAGCCAUCUUUGACCCAUCCCGUCAUAAGGUCUACUUCUUCGUGGAUAGACAAUAUUGGAGGUAUGAUGUGAGGCAACAGUCCAUGGACCCUAGUUAUCCCAAACUUAUUUCCAUGCACUUCAAGGGAAUUCAGCCUAAAAUUGAUGCAGGUUUUUAUUUCAAAGGACACUACUACAUCUUCCAAGGAGCCAAUCAAUUGGAAUAUGACCCCCUGUUGAAUCGUGUCACCAAAAGGCUGAAAAGUAAAAGCUGGUUUGGUUGUUAGGAAGGAUGCAUUUAAGGGUGCUUGCCAGCUCUUCAGUUUAAUUUGUAUUUAUCACAUCUUCACCUUAUGCUCAGGGCAAUAACGUGAUCUGAAAUAAGGUGUGGUGUACAGGCUACAGAUGAAUAUUUACACAGGAAAAGAUGCUUUUACAAAAUUGAUCCUCUUCUGGCAAACGUUUUCACUUGAUCCUUUUCUUACUUUUGAGGGCAGAUACCCACCAAAGCUGCUAGGUUUUUCUGUAGGCUGUUUUCUAAGAACCUUCAGGUGUGUAAAUUAGAAUUGCU